AUGCGCUUGAUUUUAAGUUUGAGCAACAAUUACCAAGAUUUUGGAGGGAGACCUCAGUACGUGAGCUGGGCGAAAAAUGCUGGAGCCCAAACGAAGAGUGACGACGAUUUCUAUACCAACGAGGUUGUAAAGGAAUACUACAAACGACAUGUUCAGAGAGUACUUAACAGAAUCAACACGAUUACUGGAGUUGCGUAUAAAGAUGAUCCAACCAUCAUGGCCUGGGAACUCAUAAAUGAGCCUCGUUGCCAGGCCGACUACUCUGGAGACACCGUAAAUGCUUGGGUACAAGAAAUGGCCUCACACGUCAAAUCCAUCGACAGUAAGCACCUUCUAGAAGUUGGCAUGGAAGGUUUCUAUGGAGACUCGUUUCCUGACAGAAAGCAGUACAAUCCGGGCUAUCAAGUCGGCACAGAUUUUAUCACUACUAAUCUUAUAGAAGAGAUUGAUUUCACAACUAUCCAUGCAUAUCCUGAUGCCUG